CUUUGGAGCAGUUCGGCUACACUGAGUCUCUGUGAAGGUUCUUGGACGGGACCUCCUGCAAGGACAGCGUCGAGGCGGGCUUGGUUCCGCUCUCGGAGCCAUGGCUAAAGGUACCCGCCCUGACAGAUGCUGGGGGGGAGGGCGAGACCAUGUCCAAGCCCCGGGAAAGCAAAGCGGAGGCGGCGGCGGCGGCUACAGAGAGCACCGAGAGAAGGGGGCCCGGCCGCCCCAGGAUGAACGGGGAGAACGUAUUUCUUGGCCAGUCCAAAAUCUACACCUACCUAAGUUCUAACAAAUCUCCUGGUGCUCGUCCUCCACUUCAAGAGGAAAACUCAGUCAUGCAUCAUGAGGUGAAAUGUCAAGGCAAAACACUAAAUGAAACAUGCAAAAGAGGUGAUGGGAAAAAAAAUACUCUUAAUACAAUAGAAGGUGCUAUAAAACCAGAAGACCAGAAUGAUAAAGAAAGUGGGUGUGAUUCUUCAGUGUCUUUUCCUAAUCAAAAACAAGAAGCUGCAGAAACUCAGAAAAACAUGCCUCUUCCUUCUGAUUCUCCUGAUGCAGCAAAUGCAAAGCCAGCUCAGAAGAAGGUGGUAAAAGCAAAACCUGGACCAAGGAGAAAAGCGCAAGGAAAAACAUCACAGAAUCGAAAAGUGACAGAUUAUUACCCUGUUAGAAGAAGUUCUCGGAAGAGCAAAACGGAAUUGCAGACUGAAGAAAAGAGGAGAAUAGAUGAAUUAAUUGAAAGUGGGAAAGAAGAAGGAAUGAAGAUUGAUUUCAUUGACGGUAAAGGGAGAGGGAUAAUUGCUACCAAACACUUUAAUCGAGGAGAAUUUGUGGUAGAAUAUCAUGGGGAUCUCAUAGAGAUCACUGAUGCUAAAAAGCGAGAAGCUGUGUAUGCCCAAGACCCAUCCACAGGGUGCUAUAUGUACUACUUUCAGUAUUUAAGCAAAAUGUACUGUGUCGAUGCUACAAAAGAGACUAAUCGUCUGGGAAGGCUGAUUAAUCACAGCAAAUGUGGCAAUUGUCAAACAAAGCUUCAUGAUGUUGAUGGCGUACCUCAUCUCAUACUGAUAGCCUCCCGAGACAUUAAAGUGGGUGAAGAACUAUUGUAUGAUUAUGGAGACAGGAGCAAAGCUUCCAUUGAAGCUCAUCCGUGGCUGAAACACUAAUCCAUCCUUUUUUGGACUGAGCACUGUUGAAGGAAGUCGAUGGA